AUGAAAAUUACUGAGAAGAAAAAGAAAACGACUCCUGUGAGUCUACAUGGUAUUCCUAAAUGGAUAAAAGAAUAUCGCGAUCGAUUUUGCAUGGAUCUCGAUCAGCUCGAGCAAUCCUCUCGAAAUUUCCUCGCUGUCAAUAAAGUGAAGUCUUCUGAGCAAUCUCAAGAUAACAAUCAAUCAAACGAAGAUGACGACGACGAUGGCGGUUGGACUGUUGUGUCACAUUCGUUGAAAAAAACGCGUCAAAGGAUGGUUCCGUCAACCGAUAAAACACUGAACCGCCUUCGGGCGAAGCACAAACGUUCCAGCGAGAAAAAAGAACUGGUCAACUUCUACAAAUUUCAAAUGACCGACAAGAAAGUCGAUCAGCUGGAACAGUUGAAAAUGAAAUUCGAAUUAGAUAAACAACGCAUCACACAAAUGCGACAGCAACGUAAAUUUAAACCAUUUUGA